AUGCUCCCGCCUACCAGAUGUCGCACCCUCCCACGUCUCCUCUACGGACGUCCCGCUCAGUACGAAGAGGUCGACCGGAAAAUCACAGCCAUGUCUAUGGCCCGUUCUGCAUGCUACCCUAGCCUGGAACCCGGGCCAGCCUCGCUCUCCUCCCUCAGCUUUGGGCCCAGGGGCACUCAGAAGUCAGCUCUAGAACAGAGCACAGGACAGCAAACACACGGCGGCACCAUGCAGAACCAAGUGAGCACUAAUAGGUGUGGGCAGUGGGCACCGCUGAACACCGCAGACGACUCUCUGGCACCAGACCAUCCCAGAUCACACCAGAGGGACGAGGAAUGCUUGGCUUGCGCAGUGAGAUCCCGCCAACGACAAAAGACGUUGGCCAUUAGCGCGAGCAGCCUCCAACUCUUUCCGCCUCUGUCUCACGGUCUCGACCUCGACCUCGACCGCCCAUGCAUUUACAUGGAGAGAAGGGGAGCCCCUAGAGACAACAGCCUGUCAGACUGGACGGAAAUGGCGUCUGUUCGCCCCCGGCUCCGUCCCCAAUGCGGCCAUGCCUAUCACACUAGGCCGCUUCACAGCCCGCUAAAGCUUCUGCCACCCGAACUUUCAAAAACUUAG